AGGAAACGAAGAGGGAUGAAUAAGUCUCUUGCCUCUUCGGCAGGUCUAGACUUUUCCCCGUACUCCCUCCCGGCUAGCCGUGGUGCACUAACCUCCUGCAGGCUGUGUUCGUACCGCCAACCCCAGUUCUCUCCCUGUACUCCGGACCGAAGCCCGAGCCUCAGCUCCCAGCCGAGCCCGCCCCAGCGGGUGAGCAGACCAGCCUCUUGGGCUGGUGCCCGGAGCAGUACCCAAGCUGACUCAGGUUCCAGUGAGGAUGAGGCAGCCAGUGAGGCCCGCAGCACCACCAGUGAAUGUCCCAGCCUUCUUAGCACCGCAGCAGAGGAAAGCUUUGGGGGGGAUGCCGUGGAUGAGCAGGGUCAGCAGGAAGACCUUGAGGAGAAGUUGAAGGAAUAUGUGGACUGCCUCACAGACAAGAGUGCCAAGACCCGGCAGGGUGCUCUUGAGAGCCUGCGUCUGGCCCUAGCAGCGCACCUACUCCCCGACUUCUUGCUGGAGCGCCGCCUCACACUGGCUGAUGCCUUGGAAAAGUGCCUCAAGAAAGGGAAGGGCGAGGAACAGGCCCUUGCCGCUGCUGUGCUAGGCCUGCUGUGCAUUCAGCUGGGUCCUGGACCCAAGGGUGAGGAGUUAUUCCACAGCCUGCAGCCCCUGCUGGUCUCUGUGCUCAGUGACAGCACAGCUAGCCCUGCUGCCCGGCUCCACGUGAGUGUUCCUUGCCCUGUGAUACCCUUCCUUCACCUAAUCCCUAAGCAGAGACACGGGUUCCACCUGCCUCUAGGCUCCCCUGCUCCAAGGGUGAGCCCCGUGGCUGGGAACCCAGGCUCACCCUCUGACCACGGCCUGGCUUUGCCCUCCUCCCAGCAGUGUGCUUCUGCUCUUGGCCUGGGCUGCUACGUGGCUGCCACCGAUGUACAGGACCUGGUCUCCUGCCUCACCUGCUUGGAAGGCAUUUUCAGCCGGUCCUGUGGUGUGGGUGGCUCCACAGCCCCAGUGGUCCCUGUCAGCCUUCAGGGCUUGCUCUGUGCUGCCCUGCAGGCCUGGGCCUUGCUACUCACCAUCUGCCCCAGCGCCCAUAUCAGCCGCAUCCUGGACAGGCAGCUGCCCCGGCUGCCCCAGCUCUUGUCCAGUGAAAGUGUGAACCUGCGGAUGGCUGCCGGCGAGACCAUCGCAUUGCUCUUUGAGCUCACCCGGGACCUUGAGGAGGACUUUGUUUACAAGGACAUGGAGGCCCUCUGCAGCGCGCUGCGCACUCUGGCCACUGACAGCAACAAGUAUCGGGCCAAGGCUGACCGCCGGCGCCAACGCUCUACCUUCCGGGCCGUGCUGCACUCUGUUGAGGGCGGCGAGUGUGAGGAGGAGACAGUCCGCUUCGGGCUCGAGGUGCUCUAUGUGGACAGCUGGGCUCGGCGCCGGGUCUAUGCUGCCUUCAAGGACGCUCUGGGUUCCGGCAUGCACCACCACCUCCAGAACAACGAGCUACUCCGUGACAUCUUUAGUCUGGGCCCUGUGCUGGUGCUGGAUGCCACUGCCCUGAAGGCCUGCAAAAUCUCACGUUUUGAGAAGCACCUGUACAACGCUGCUGCCUUCAAAGCCAGGACCAAGGCGCGCAGCCGCGUGCGGGACAAGCGGGCAGACAUCCUGUGAGGCAGGACCAGCCGAAGAGGAGACUGUCCACAUCCUUGCCUGUAUUUUUAACAGAAGACAGUGCAACACCUGGUCCCUGCCAGGCAUUGUCGCUUUAUUUUUUUAAUGACAAAACCAAAAACAGACAUGGGGGCGGGUGGCUGGAGGCCAGGCCACUUGGGACCUUCACGCUUUGCCCCUGUGCCGGCCCUGUGGCCACUUUCGGGGGGGAGGUGAUAGUAUCUGGACAACUGCCACUACAACGUGGGGCGGUGAGGCUACCUGGAGUGGAUUUAUAUGCUGAGUUUUAAAGAUUUUAGAGAUAAUUAAACAAUGUGCAGUCUUCUGUG